UUAGUUAGUGCGUCCCCCAGGAAACUUGGUCAGUGGCACUUCCUAUGACUACAUCGUUGUGGCACUAUACCUCCAGGUGGCUAAGGCCUGCACAAUGCCGCCACAUGUCGCGCGGCCAAAAUGUAAACUUUCGUUCAACUACGUGACCCCCUAAUCUCUGUCAUAGCAGACUUUACCCGUCAUUUUUGGUAUUUCGCUGGAAAGCUUCUGAAACCGGCAAAAUGAACGAAUACACUACGAAGAAUCAAAUUUUUUUAAAGCACAUUUUACCAGAGGUACCACCCAUGGUUUGUUACAUUCCAAAUUUCAUAACUCCUGAAGAAGAAAAUGAAAUUCUACAACGGAUCAAUUGCACUCCUUUACCAAAAUGGACUCAGUUGAGUCAUCGUCGACUCCAAAACUGGGGAGGAAUACCUCAUCCAAAGGGCAUGAUAGCAGAAGCAAUACCAGGGUGGUUAGCAAAGUUUGUAAAGAAAGUAUCAGACUUCCAGGUUUUUGAAAGUCAUACAUCACCAAAUCACGUCUUGAUCAACGAGUAUUUACCUGGACAAGGAAUAAUGCCACACUCAGAUGGUCCAUUGUUUCACCCCAUUGUCACAACGAUAAGCUGUGGUUCGCAUACGUUCUUGGAUUUUUACAGACGGAAUACAUCUGAUCAACUUGAAGUACCUGUUCUUGAAUUCAGUUUGCUCCUUGAAAGACGAAGUCUUCUCAUUUUAGAAAAGGACUUAUACCACAACUAUUUGCAUUCGAUUGCCGAAAGAAACAGCGAUACUGUUUCUAAUGAGAAAACGAAAAAUUUGAAAUUAUGUGGAAAUGCAUAUACAGACAAUGAACAGCUAGAGAGAGGAACCAGAGUAUCCUUGACUAUUAGACAUGUGCCAAAGACUAGCAAACUGAAAUUAAAAUUGAGUAAAUAACAGUUUAGAAAUCAUCAAAGAUAAUUACCAAGCCACAGUUUUUGGGGACAUUGAUACGUCUACAUCCUCGUAAUUCUCUAGACUGACAUCCAUUAUUUCUUCAUCCGAUUGGUCUAACAUUUCUUGCAAAGAAUGAAUUGAUGAUGUCACAACAUGAAAUUGUUUCCUACGCAUCUCCAGCUUAUGUUCUAAUUGUUCUGACUUUUCCUGUGAAUAAAAGUUACAACACUCAGUAAAA